CUAUUUCAGGAGUCUGGAUUUGCAUCUGAGUUCAUUGCCACUGAACCCUGCCAAAGAAGAGCUAAGGGAGCUUUAGGAGGCUUCUUGGAGGCUGCUUCUCCUUUACUUGGAAGGCUUCACUAGUGAUGGACCCAUACAUGAUUCAGAUGAACAGCAAAGGCAACCUCCCCUCAAUUCUGGACGUGCAUGUCAACGUUGGUGGGAGAAACUCUGUGCUGGGAAAAAUGAAAGGCAGGAAGGCCAGGUGGUCCGUGAGGCCCUCAGACAUGGCCAACAAAACUUUCAACCCCAUCCGAGCCAUUGUGGACAACAUGAAGAUAAAACCAAAUCCAAACAAAACCAUGAUUUCUCUGUCCAUUGGUGACCCUACUGUGUUUGGAAACCUGCCUACAGACCUGGAAGUUACCCAGGCAAUGAAAGAUGCCCUGGACUCGGGCAAAUAUAAUGGCUAUGCCCCAUCCAUUGGCUACCUAUCCAGUCGGGAGGAGAUUGCGUCUUAUUACCACUGUUCUGAGGCACCCAUAGAAGCUAAGGAUGUCAUUCUGACAAGUGGCUGUAGUCAAGCCAUUGAACUUUGUUUAGCUGUGUUGGCCAACCCAGGGCAGAACAUCCUGGUUCCGAGACCUGGUUUCCCUCUCUACAGGACUCUGGCUGGAUCUAUGGGAAUUGAGGUCAAAUUCUACAAUUUGUUGCCAGAGAAGUCUUGGGAAAUUGACCUGAAACAACUGGAAUCUCUGAUUGAUGAAAAGACAGCUUGUCUCAUUGUCAAUAAUCCAUCAAACCCAUGUGGGUCAGUGUUCAGCAAACGCCAUCUUCAGAAGAUUCUGGCAGUGGCUGCAAGGCAGUGUGUCCCCAUCUUAGCUGAUGAGAUCUAUGGAGACAUGGUGUUUUCGGAUUGCAAAUAUGAACCAAUGGCCACCCUCAGCACCGAUGUCCCCAUCCUGUCCUGUGGAGGGCUGGCCAAGCGCUGGCUGGUUCCUGGCUGGAGGCUGGGCUGGAUCCUCAUUCAUGACCGAAGAGACAUUUUUGGCAAUGAGAUCCGAGAUGGGCUGGUGAAGCUGAGUCAGCGCAUCUUGGGACCCUGUACCAUUGUCCAGGGAGCUCUAAAAAGCAUCCUACGGUGUACCCCGCAAGAGUUUUACCAGAAUACUCUGAGCUUCCUCAAGUCCAAUGCUGAUCUCUGUUAUGGGGCACUGGCUGCCAUCCCUGGACUCCGGCCAGUCCGCCCUUCUGGGGCCAUGUACCUCAUGGUUGGAAUUGAGAUGGAACAUUUCCCGGAAUUUGAGAAUGACGUGGAGUUCACGGAGCGGUUAGUUGCUGAGCAAUCUGUCCACUGCCUCCCAGCAACGUGCUUCGGGUACCCGAAUUUCAUCCGAGUGGUCAUCACAGUCCCCGAGGUGAUAAUGCUGGAGGCAUGUAGCCGGAUCCAGGAGUUCUGUGAGCAGCACUACCACUGUGCUGAAGGCAGCCAGGAGGAGUGUGAUAAAUAGGCUUGCAUCCAUUAUUCUGAGGAAGUGUCCCAUCGGGGGUGGGGGAGCUGGACUAGGCCUUGCAGCUCCUCAGGGACUUAGGUAGUCCUACUGGGAGAGGGGCCUCAAGUGCACCAUGUCAAGAGUUCAAGAUUGCUCCUGCUUUUCCCCCAAGUACAACCACAACCACACUCAGAUCUUCCUCAUCCACAUACGCAUCCCAGAUUCUCCCUUGCUCUGCGCUACUCACUAAUUAUUGAGUGACUCACUAAUUCAUUCAUCUGUGUCCCUCUCUUAAGAUUUCCUCCGUUUUUCUUGAAAGUACCAGGCGAACAAAGUUUACCAGAAAGCAGGUGAGACAAGAAAAUGAGAGCUCAGGAUGAGGGAAAAAUAAAAGAUUGAGAGAACUUGUGCCCUCAACGAUUUCCUCAGACUCUAAAAAAGAACACACUCUGUCCAGGCAGGUCUGGAGCUCAACUCUCUUACUGCUUCUAGUUAGGAUCCUAACUAGAAAGGAGUUGGAGACACAUGUAUUUGGUUAAUUACAUUUUAAAUACAUUAGGAAAAGUUGCUAUUUGAACUUUUGAUUUUUGGGGGGAGUAAAGAAUUAUUUUGUGAUGCAAAUAAAUAUCCUUUAAUUGA